AUGAAAAAGAUUGCUAGUUAUAUUGGAAACUCUAUAAGGAAGGCUGACCUUUUCCCUCAAAAAGUUAGUCUUACUUAUAGAGGUAAGCCCUUCUUUCAAACUUUGGGCGGAGGAUUACUCAGUAUGAUUAUUACAGUGAUAGUCAUUGGUUACUCUGCCAGACUCUUUAUGAUUAUGAUAGAGAAAGAAGAUACAGCCAAAGCUCUGAACACAGUUUUCAUAGAUCUUCAAAGCUACGGUCAAAGUUAUGAACUUAAUAAUGAUACAUUUCAGUUCCCAUUUACUUCUUUGGAUACUUCAACUGGAGAAUUUUAUUUUGAUCCUUCAUAUAUAACUGUGUCGAUAAGUCAGGAGACUAACUAUUAUGACCUUAAAAUAGGAGCUCGCUCAUCACAAGAAGAAGUGAGGCCAUUCUCUCUUUGAGGAGGAAGAUUUCCAACAGUUAAUGAAAACUUCAACGACACUAGAAAUAUCUUAAUGCAAACUGCUCAAUGCCCUCUAAACAAUAGCUUCAGUGUACAAGGGAGUUACUUUUCGGAAAUAUAUAAACAAGUAACUAUGACUGUUAGUAAAUGCAACAACUCAACUUCUUAGGUGACAUGCAAAACCCCUUCAGAGAUAGAGCAGAAGGU